CGCAGGUGAGCGGGGCAUGUAAACGAAUUUUAGCACGACUUAAGCUUAGCCGGCUCUGUAUCGAGCCUGUAUCUAGUGUUUUGAAGACUGAAGACUGAAUUUCGGGACAGUGAGUCCCGAAAUUGUAUCCCGUGCCAUGGCGCCGGGAAUGCUUUUUUAUAUUUUGGCAUCGCUGGUGUUAACGCAAGCCAGUGGAGAUGUACCAAAGAAUAACACAAAAGAAAUUAUAAAUGCUCAGGUACGGGAAGCUCGACAGUACAAUCAGAACAACAAUGAAGUAGUCGUUGAUAUCGAAGACGACGAAAAGAAACAGUAUUACGAAACUAAUUACGAUACUAGUGCAUAUGGAUUUGGUUACGAUGUCGGCCCUAAUGGGCAGUUCCAUCAUGAGAAUAGAGGCCCUGACGGUGUAACCUAUGGUUGCUAUGGUUACGUCGAUCCCGAUGGCUACCUCCGUGUCACACACUAUGUAGCUGACAGCCACGGUUACAGAGUAGUGGAGCCAGAAAAGCCCGUUGAAAUAUUUCCCGACGAUAACCACGUCUAUGAUGAGAAUUCGGAUAAUGCUGCGUUGAUACCUGGCCAAAUAGUUCCAUGGAAUAAGUUAUACUUACCCAAAGGAUGUGGAAGGACCCCAGGUGGUGUACCUCCGAAGCCCCCUCCGAAACCCACGCGACCUCCACCGGCACCCAAACCCCCCACCGAUAGCACUGGUCAAACUAGCAACCCUAAGCCUGGUGUUGUCUACCCUGGCGGUUCAGGUUAUUAUCCAGGCACACCUGGAACCCCUGGUACCCCUGGCACUCCGGGAAGUCCCGGAUCCCCUGGAGGACCUGGCGGGCCUGGAAGCGGAUAUUACCCUGGUUCAGGAAGCGGUAGCGGUCCUAACGGCCCCAACGGACCAAAUGGACCUAGUGGACCUGGCGGCCCUGGUGGUCCUGGAGGCCCGAACGGACCUAGUGGACCAAAUGGACCAAGCGGACCAAAUGGACCAAAUGGACCAAGCGGACCAAAUGGACCGAGCGGACCAGGCGGCCCAACCGGUAGUGGCAACUACCCAGGCUCUCAUGGCGGUGGUUAUUACCCAGGACAACCAGGCAAACCUGGAUCACCAGGUUCACCAGGAAGUCCAGGAUCUCCGGGUGGUCCAGGUGGUCCUGGGGGUCCAGGCGGUCCAGGCGUGACAGGCCCAAGCGGUCCUUCAGGCGGUGGUUAUUAUCCAGGUUCAGGUUAUUAUCCAGGCACACCUGGAACCCCUGGUACUCCUGGCACUCCGGGAAGUCCCGGAUCCCCUGGAGGACCUGGCGGGCCUGGAAGCGGAUAUUACCCUGGUUCAGGAAGCGGUAGCGGUCCUAACGGCCCCAACGGACCAAAUGGACCUAGUGGACCUGGCGGCCCUGGUGGUCCUGGAGGCCCGAACGGACCUAGUGGACCAAAUGGACCAAAUGGACCAAGCGGACCAAAUGGUCCAAGCGCACCAGGCGGCCCAACCGGUAGUGGCAACUACCCAGGUUCUCAUGGCGGUGGUUAUUACCCAGGACAACCAGGCAAACCUGGAUCACCAGGUUCACCAGGAAGUCCAGGAUCUCCGGGUGGUCCAGGUGGUCCUGGGGGUCCAGGCGGUCCAGGCGUGACAGGCCCAAGCGGUCCCUCAGGCGGUGGUUAUUAUCCAGGUGGUAGUUAUUAUCCAGGAAGUCCAGGAUCUCCUGGAAGUCCUGGUGGGCCAGGUGGACCAGGUGGACCAGGUGGUCCCGGUGGCCCCGGCGGCCCUUCAGGCAGUGGCUACUACCCAGGUGGACAAGGUUCAACUGGCUCGGGUAGUGGUUACUACCCAGGACAACCAGGCAAACCAGGUUCACCAGGCUCACCAGGAACUCCAGGAUCUCCAGGAGGCCCAGGUGGCCCAGGCGGUCCAGGCGGUCCAAGUGGGCCAAAUGGUCCCACUGGUCCAACCGGAAGCGGUAACUACCCAGGCAGCCAAGGUGGUGGAUAUUACCCCGGACAGCCCGGCAAACCUGGCUCUCCAGGAACACCAGGUUCCCCAGGUGGUCCGGGUGGCCCAGGUGGUCCGGGUGGCCCAGGAGGACCUGGAGGCCCAACUGGUCCUAGCGGAGGCAGUUACUACCCAGGCUCUCAAGGACAACCAGGUAAACCAGGAUCACCAGGGAGUCCAGGAGCCCCUGGUGGUCCAGGUGGACCUGGGGGACCAGGCGGCCCAGGUGUGACAGGUCCAAGCGGUCCUUCUGGCGGCGGUUACUAUCCAGGACAACCAGGCAAACCAGGAUCACCAGGCACACCAGGAACUCCAGGCACCCCCGGAUCUCCAGGUGGUCCCGGAGGACCAGGAGGUCCAGGUGGCCCUAGCGGUCCAAGUGGUCCAUCUACUGGUGGAUAUUACCCAGGUUCUCAAGGACAACCAGGAAAACCAGGCAGUCCAGGAUAUCCGGGCACUCCAGGUUCACCCGGUGGACCGGGAGGACCAGGUGGACCAGGCGGCCCUAGCGGCCCAAGCGGUCCAAGUGGUGCACCCGGCGGCAGCUAUUACCCAGGCUCUCAAGGUGGAUACUAUCCAGGACAACCAGGCAGUCCAGGCUCACCAGGUGGACCCGGUGGGCCAGGUGGACCAGGUGGACCAGGUGGACCAGGUGGACCCGGGGGACCUGGUGGACCAACUGGAAGUGGCAGCCAUUAUCCAGGUGCUUAUUAUUAUUAA